UUAAAGCUAUUUCGCCGGAUGGGCCCAGCGGGCAGCGGUCAGUCUAGCAUGAGCCCUCCGAGGGUGAGCAGCCCAGUUUUCACACAUUAAAGGUGCUGAGGGCACGAGCACUGACUGAAAGAGCAGCGCAGCCAUGUUCAAGACCACCUACAAGCACGAGGUGCACAAAAAGAAGUACGAGCGCACGGACGUGUUCGAGGACCCCGGCAGCCCUGAAGACGAUGCCGAGGCCGCCCAGCGCGGACAUGCCGGCGCCCGCGCCACACUGCCCGCCUGGGAGAGCCUGCAGGAGCUCAACAGCCGCUUCGCUCGCUACAUCAACCGCGCCCGAGUCCUCGAGCAGCGCAACGCCGUCUUCCGCGCCCAACUGGAGACUCUGCAGCGCAUGGAGGAGGCCGCAGGGCUGGAGGAGGCCUUCCACGAGCAGAUCAGCGUCAACCGGCAGCGCAUGCGGGAGCUGCAGGCCGAGCGCGCCAAGCUGGAGCGCGAGAUGAAGGAAGCCGAGCGCAUGCUGGACGAGUUCAACAGCAGAUACAGAAACGAGUGUGAAUAUCAAGAACAUCUGCGAGGGACGCUGGAGCAGCUCAACAAGGAGGCCGACUCUGCGCUUCUGAGGAACCUGGAGUAUCAGAUUGAGUCUCAGUUCCUGCAGGACGACAUCAGCUCCACAAGAGACCGACAUAAAAAGAAUCUUGCUGAGAUCCAGACCUACGUUAACAUCCUCCAUCAGAUUAACCAGACCGCCGCUCUAUUGCCCAACAUGGCAAUGGGCAUGUCAGAGGAGCAGGAGAGGCUGCUGGCUCAGAGGCGGGUUCCUGCUAUGAAGAGUCAGCUAGAGGAGUACAAGACUGCCCUCUGCCAGCUGCAGGCACAGAAACAGAGGCUGCAGACAGAGACCUCAGUGUUGGAGCAAACCAUCAAGAGCACGCAGGACAACUAUGACGACGAGAUCCAGCUGUAUAACGAGCAGAUUGAGUCGUUUAGGAAGGAGAUCGAGGAGGCCGAGCGCUCGCUGGAAAAGUACACCAACGACUGCCGACAGCUGGCCAUGAACCAGAUCUCCCUGGAGAAUGAGCUGGACAGGUACAAGAGGAUCAUCGAGAAUGAAGAUAACAGAUUGAAUUCAGCUAUAAUUGGAACUCCCAUUAGCCUGUUCACCACCAAUUACAGAUACACUCCCCCUUCCACCACCAGCAGUCGAGGGAAAGACAUCACUCAAGCAAUCCAGGACAUCACCAACGUCAAGCCUCGUCAGAAGAAUCUGGCCAAGAAAGUGACAAAAAAGAAGGAACUCACUCCCAAAGAUGUGAUCGACAGUGGGCAGGAGGAGAGAGGAGCUGGUGAGGAGGACAGAAGAGGAGCUGAGGAUGUUGAAGGAGAGGUAAAACGAGAAGAUCAUUCUCCUCUGUUUAAAGAAGUCGCUCGUGAAGACGUGCCCGAUGGUGCCCAGAUCAGCAAGGCGUUUGACACACUCUGCAACAUAGUGCGGGACAGAAUGCGCAAAUACAAGAAGCCUGAGCCCCUCCCAGACUUCUACACCAAGGGUCGCUACGUCCUGGUAACAGGUGAGUCCUGCUACCUGGACCCCUGCUUUUACACGUCCACACCUUCUGCAGGACACGUCAUCGUCACCAUCUGCGACGACAGGAUUCCUCCAUAUGAGCCCUACGGUCGCAGGUCUCCCUCUCCCACUCCCAGCCCUGCUCCUCCCGGCCCCGCCCCUAUCCCUCUGACUCCUCCCACUCCUUCAGACAAUGGUAAGGAAGACGAUGGACAUAGGAAGGAAGACGGUGACGACAGGAAAGAAGACGACCAUUGGAGAAACCGAGAUUCAGACAAAGACAAAGACCCUAUAGGCCCAACUCCACCAGUUGGUCCCGUCCCGGCCCUAGAUCCCAGUCAGCCCUCAGCACAUGGAGGUAACAAGGAACAUGGGGGAGAUAGCGGUGGCAGACGAAGGGAACCCUCACCUCGUUCCAACAGUCACCAGCCGGAGUCCAUGAGCUAUGAAAAGGUGGAGGUGGUGGAGUCAGUGGAGAAGCUCUCACCCGACAACAAAGUCAAGGGCUACGAGGAGACGGCCGUGGUGGUGGAAACCAUGAUCGAGAAGACCAGCAAAAAGAAGCAUGGAGACUGGCCCACGUAAAAAAGCUCCUGACAACUUAAAAUCUAAAACUAAAAUCAACCACACAAAGAGAUAUAUAUAUAUAUAUACAUUCCGCUUGUUGAUGCCAUUCUCGACUCUCUACUGCGCUCUAGCUCUGCCCAGCUCCAACAACACCUUCUUCCCACAGUGCUGCUUUACUACUUCCUGCGCCGACAGCUCUGACCUUUACUGUCUGAAAACUUGGGGAUCUCUAAUAAAAACCAAACAAAAGUAAAGAAAAGAAAAGAAAGCUCUUCCUCCACCCCCCACUUUUUCCAACAAAGACUUUUUUUGAUACCAUGUUUAAGUUGAAACCAAUAGACUGCCUGUUUCUAAUCGGAAUAAUAACGCUGCUGCCCUCAGGAACGUGUACCUUCUACCCGCAAACUAAAGAAAACCCUGAGUUUAAGAGAUUGAAUAGCUUUGAAUAGAUUUUGUUCAAUUGGAGUAUUGAUAUUCGCCCAUCACACAGUCUGUGUACUGUGUACUGAUUGCUGAUGAUUUAUGAAUAAAAUUCAAAAUGGCCAAAACUGCC